AUGCCUUCUUCCGCGAGCAUCCUCACCCUGGCCGCCGCCGUCACCGGUGCCAGUGCCGCUUUCCAGGGUUUCAAUGUCGAGAGCAAGGGCCAAACCCAGCAGAGCUUCGAGGCCCAGUUUAAGACUGCCCAGAACCUCGAGGGUACCGAUGGCGGCUUCAACUCGGCCCGCCUCUACACCAUGAUCCAGGACGGCACUGCCAACGACCCCAUUUCCGCCAUUCCCGCCGCCAUUAGCACCAAGACCAACCUUCUCUUUGGCCUUUGGGCCUCUGCCGGCCAGGCCCAGUUCAACAAUGAAAUCUCGGCUCUCAGGAAGACGGCCCAGCAGUACUGCGAUAAGCUCGACGGCCUCGUCGCUGGCAUCUCCGUCGGCUCUGAAGAUCUUUACCGCGACUCUGAGCUCGGCCAGGCCGCUGGCGAGUAUGUCGGCGUCGGCCCCGACGUCCUCAUUGACUACGUCCAGCAGACCCGUGAUGCCAUCAAGGGCACCUGCCUCGAAAAGGCUCCCAUUGGCCACGUCGACACCUGGACCGCCUAUUCCAAUGAGACUAACCGCCAGCUGAGCGACAAGCUCGACUGGGUCGGCAUGGACGCUUACCCCUACUACGAAAACAAGAAGGACAACGGCAUCGAGAACGCCGCGGCGCUCUUCCAGAAGGCCAUUGACAACACUAACGCCGGCACCGGCAACAAGCCUAUCUGGCUCACCGAGACCGGCUGGCCCGUCAGCGGCAAGACGGAGAACAAGGCCGUAGCUAGCAUUGAGAACGCCCAGACGUUUUGGCGCGAGGUCGGCUGCCCCCGUUUCGGCAAGGUCAACACGUUCUGGUUCAUCAUGCAGGACGGCGGCCCUACCCAGUCGGACAAGCCCAGCUUCGGCAUCGUCGGCGGCAACACCUUGAGCACCAAGCCCCUCUUUGACCUCUCGUGCGACGGCUACACGGACGGCGGCUCCAGCUCCGGCUCGUCUAGCAGCGCUAGCCAGCAGUCCAGCUCGACCUCGGCCGCCACCGGCAGCCAGACCGAGACCUCUGCCGCUGCCGGUAGCCAGACUCAGGCCGGAACCACGUCCGCUGAGGCCGCCACCACUUCAGGCCCGGCUUCGUCUGCCUCAGGCGUUCCCUCUACCCUGAGCACCUCGGCCGCCACCAACCCCGGCUCCGGCUCCGGCUCUGGCCCUGGCCCCGUCGUUCCCGUUCCCUCACAAAGUCAGCCUGCUGGCACUGGCGUCAUCCCCAGCGGUACCGGCGUCCCUACUAGCCGCAUUCCCACGGGCCCCUCUGGCUCUAACGUUCCCACCCAAGUCAGUUCCGCCGCUGGCCUCAACUCCAUCGCCGCCGCCGUUGCCGCCAUCAUGGUCGCCGUUGCUGCCUUUUAA